AUGACUCGUCGUGAUCUGAGCAAAGAGGCCAUGAAGGCCAAACGGUCCGCCAUUAUCAACCACAUUCAGCAGCUCCAGCAAGCCCUCAGCUCCGUCAGUACUCCCAACUUUGGGAUUGACGAGCUCUGUGAGCUGGGGUUGAAACCAAUCAGGGUUGAAUUAACGCCAGAUAAGGAGCUUUUAGAAUUUGAGCCCUGUUUUUUCAUGCCCCAGCCUAAAUCCAUUUCGGAGUAUCCGUUCAUGCCGGGCGAAGUGAUAUCUGAUCUCGAGGAGGAGCGCACCUAUGAAAAAACCCUGGCUGAGCUUAUUAGGAUGUACCCAAGCUCCCAUGCGUAUAACCGUCGCUCUGGGAUUUAUAUCUCCGACAGGCCAGCAUCUUUGGUCGAACUCUCACCACUGCGGGACUUGUUGACUUUGUGGACGGCGAAGGGCCGUGUUUCUAUCGACCCAGGGGACAGGAUAGGGGACGGGCACUGGAACGCAUGGUAUUCCUACAUGCACAUCGACCAACCUGCGCCAAUGCCCCACAUAAUAGUCGAACUCCACGUUCAAUAUCGUGGGAACGACACGAGCCUCACCCAUGCUGAAGUCAGUGGGCUCCUCCAUCACAUGUAUCACUGGUAUGAUUUCGAAGAAUUUGAACAGUACGCUAUGGGCCCCGUGAGUCUACACCUCUUCUCCACUGAUCCUGAGCUCUUCUAA